AUGGCUACAUCACCAGCAGGUCGCAUGCUGUCAAGGCAGCUGCAACAGAUGCAGUCCGAUAAGGAAAUUUCCGGCAUCAGCUGUGGACUUGUUGAUAACAAUGUGUUUGAGUGGGAGGUCAUGCUUAUGAUUUCGGACGAUGUCAAGCUGUACGGUGGGGGCUUCUUCCGGGCUCGACUCUCCUUCCCCCCUGAAUAUCCGCAUAUGCCACCCAAGAUGAAGUUUGAAACACCACUUUUCCACCCCAAUAUUUACCCCAACGGCGAAGUUUGCAUUUCCAUCCUGCACCCUCCGGAGGAAGAUAAGUACGGUUACGAAUCUGCAGCAGAGCGCUGGUCUCCUGUCCAAACACCGGAGACAAUCUUACUGUCUGUGAUCUCCAUGCUCUCGAGCCCGAAUGAUGAAAGCCCGGCCAACGUUGAAGCUGCCCGCCUAUGGAGAGAAGACCCGAAAGAGUUCAAGAAGAAGGUUCGCAAGUGUGUCCGGGACAGUUUAGGCGAGGAUUAA